UUGUGUGGUGAAGUUGUCGACGUGGCACACCAUCGAGCCGCUCAUCUCUCUCCCAAGCCAACACCCGAGAGUGGGUCGAGACAGGGAGCGUAUCAUCCUCUUCCUCCCGCCCCCGACCUCUCUUCCCUAUCCACCCCAUCCAUGGCUGCCUCCUCCCACUACGCCCUCCUCCACCACCACCUCCCCAACCCUCUCCAUCCCCGUCACCUCUCCUCCUCCUCCUCCCCUUCUCCUCCCCCUCCUCUCCACCUCCACCUCCACCUCCACCGCCACCGCCUCGCCCUCUCCACCGCCCGUUUCUUCCGCCUCGCGGAGCGGCGAGCCAGCGCGGGGCCACUGGUGUUCGAAACGGAGGAGGAGAGGAGUGGGUGGUCGGGUGCGGAGGCAGCGGAGUCGAACUACGACGAUGAGGAGGAUGAGGAGGAGGAGCAAGGGUGGGCGGGCGGCAAUGCCGCGGGGUGGCGCGGGGAGAGCCACGAGGAUGAUCAGGAGGAGGGUUCCGGUUCCGGGGAGGGGCGGAGGCCGCGGCGGUCGCGGCCGCGCGAGCUGUUCGUAUGCAAUCUUCCCCGCCGCUGCGACGUCGACGACCUCUACGAGCUCUUCAAGCCCUACGGCACCGUCCUCUCCGUUGAGAUUUCCCGUGACCCUGAGACUGGACUUAGCCGAGGAUGUGGUUUCGUCACAAUGCGUUCUCUCCCAGAAGCUCGGACAGCCAUGAACGCUCUCGAUGGAUUUGACCUGGAUGGGCGUGAAAUGCUUGUAAAACUAUCAUCCGACGUUGUUUCUAAAAGGAGAAACAUCAACAUGACUCAUACGCCACCUGUGAAAGACCACAUCUUCGAGAGCCCACACAAGAUCUACGUUGGCAACAUCGCGUGGUCUGUUGAGCCACAAGAAUUGCGAGAGUACUUCUCUCAGUGCGGAACCGUCGUCAGUACAAGGCUGCUGACAGAUCGCAAAGGAGGGAGAGGCCGUGUCUAUGGAUUCCUCUCAUUUGCUUCAGCUGAAGAGCUUGAGGCUGCAUUGAAGCUUGACAAUACGCAUUUUCAUGGACGGAACAUCCUCGUCAGGCAAGCUCAUGAAGAGCGUCAGGCACACUGAACCGUCCAGGGAUUAUUGGAGACCUAUUGCAAUUUUGUCUAGCUUAUUUGCUGAUUGAGUUCGUCCUUGGGCGCAAUGCUGCACAUCAAGACUAACAUGUGUUUUUUUUUUUGGUAUGUAUUGAGUAUUCUGUAUUCUAGUGACUUGAGUACAAUGCGAAUGGGUACUAGCAAUCUUUCCACUA